AUGUCGAGGAAACUCCAGAUUGUCCUGGCGACAACCCUCACCCUUGUCGACCAAUUCCAGUCUACCCUAUCCUCUUCCCAACCCAACCCCGGGCCUACGGCCGGAAAAGGGGCCGAAGAGCUGGACCCCCUGCCCCUCCUCUCAGGAGCAUCAACAGCGCUAAAGUCUCAUGUUACGAAGCUCUCCCUAUUAACAAUAAAUCCGCCCUUUACCCACUCUGCAGUGGCGACCACGCUCUCGGUCCUCAAUGAAUCCGUCCUCCCAUCUUUGGUUACAGCCACGCUCCUCGUCACGCCAGAAUCUCACACCAAGACAUUUCAGAAAGAAAUCCGCAUAUUAGUUGGUACAACUCUGAAGGAAUUAUCUUUGUUAGUCAAAGAAGUUCAGGUUGUUGCGGAAGGAGAAACGGAUGAGAAAAGCCUAGACCAAUCAACAAAGGAUGCGAUUACAGUGGCCGCUGGCCGCGUCUGGGAUGCUUGCGAUGUGCUAGUCGAUGUUGCUGCGAAGGGCAUUGUCGGUUUCAUGGUCAGGCGGGCGGAGGAACAUAGGGACUUGGUUCGGGAUGCGGUCGAAGAGAUUGAGGCGUGGGACCCUGAUGAAGAAGGCGAUGAGUUUUUCGAUGACCUUCUCGGUGAUGAUAAGAAGGGACUCGCGGUCUCCGAUAAAGCUGGAGCUAGUGAAGAUUCUGAGAAGGAGGGAGAGGACGAGGAAGAAGGUAGCGCGGCACUCCAUGCGCGCAAAAAGGAUGCACUUCGAAUUUUGAAGCCCAUCGCCCAAAUAUACCCUGCCAUAAUUUCGAAUCGCCUAAAGACGGCACCCACUCCACUCGUGCCGUCCGAUAUUAGAAUUUUGGAAUCCUUGAUAUUGAGUCUACAGCAGAUCCCGAGCUAUAUUGACGAAGUAGCGGGCGCGCUGUACGAAGAAGAUCUUGAAAAAUACACGCAUCAAUUGGAAAAAACCAUAAAGUAUGCCUGCAAGGCCGUUGAUCUGGUUGUAUUGCCCUGGGGCCUAAAGCAGACAUCUGGUGAUCAGGAUAUCGCAGGAGAUAAAUUCACGACCUGGUCAAAGACAUGGACCAAGGUCAUCGAACAAGUCAGCAGGACCGUGGACGAAUCUACCCAUAUCAAACCAGGCUAA